AUCCGCUCUUGAGAGCAUAAAGAUUCUGGAAGAAGACCAUCUCAGCGGCCGUGAUGAAGACUCGUGUCGUCCUCGCUCUCUUUCUGAUAGCAGGUGUGUCUCUUGGAGACAUCCAGAAGAGAAUCAUUAAUGGCAGGAAGUGCAAAGCUGAGGAAGAAAAACAUUUUGUGUUCCUGGAGACAGAAAGCACAAGCCUGCACAAGAGAUCCAUCUGUUCUGGUUCCAUCAUUGGGAACGGCCAAUGGGUUCUCACUGCAAAGCACUGUGAUGCAUAUGGAGCGCCCUUCACCAUUAAGGAUGUCAAAAACAAUAAAGAAACCUCGAGUAAAGUUUUUAAACACCCAGUUGCUGAUAUUAUGCUGAUCAAGCUGAAUGCCAAGAAGAGCGCCAUCGCCCUCGCCUCUCCGACAGACUGUACCGACGUCAAGAACCAACUGGCCUCUACAAAAUCUGUAAAGAUGCUCGUCGUUGCUCGGGACACAAAAGGGACUCCAGAUACGACCAUGUGUGGAGACAUCGAGUUAAGGGGAUGUGCAGGUGAAGCACCAUCAGGUGUAGAGUGUUUCUACGGACCGCCUGUGGGCUGCCAAAUCUGUGGUGGGGAUUCUGGUGCAGGGUAUCUUUACGAUAACGCCCUGUAUGCAGUCGAAACGGGUGAUGGAACGAUUGGAUCUCAGUCGGUGGACUAUGGACACACAGUCUGUGAUGCCAGUGUUCGUCAAUGGAUUGAAGAUACCAUGAAGAAAAACUAAAAAUGUCCCAGUUGUGUGAUGUUUGUUUGUGAGCAACAAUAA